AAAAAUUUUUUUGAUCGUCUUGCUGAUGGCACAGCUCCUUUCUUUCAUUUUCAGGCAGGUUGCCAGGUCCACACUUUACAUGCCAGUCAGUUGCCUAGUCUGCACUUUAGAAGCCAGUCAGUUGCCACGUCUGCACUUUAGAAGCCAGUCAGUUGCCAGGUCCACACUUUACAUGCCAGUCAGUUGCCUAGUCUGCACUUUAGAAGCCAGUCAGUUGCCACGUCUGCACUUUAUAAGCCAGUCAGUUGCCAGGUCCACACUUUACAUGCCAGUCAGUUGCCUAGUCUGCACUUUAGAAGCCAGUCAGUUGCCACGUCUGCACUUUAUAAGCCAGUCAGUUGCCAGGUCCACACUUUACAUGCCAGUCAGUUGCCUAGUCUGCACUUUAGAAGCCAGUCAGUUGCCACGUCUGCACUUUAGAAGCCAGUCAGUUGCCAGGUCCACACUUUACAUGCCAGUCAGUUGCCUAGUCUGCACUUUAGAAGCCAGUCAGUUGCCACGUCUGCACUUUAUAAGCCAGUCAGUUGCCAGGUCCACACUUUACAUGCCAGUCAGUUGCCUAGUCUGCACUUUAGAAGCCAGUCAGUUGCCACGUCUGCACUUUAGAAGCCAGUCAGUUGCCAGGUCCACACUUUACAUGCCAGUCAGUUGCCUAGUCUGCACUUUACAUGCCAGUCAGUUGCCACGUCUGCACUUUAUAAGCCAGUCAGUUGCCAGGUCCACAUUUUACAUGCCAGUCAGUUGCCUAGUCUGCACUUUAGAAGCCAGUCAGUUGCCACGUCUGCACUUUAGAAGCCAGUCAGUUGCCACGUCUGCACUUUAUAAGCCAGUCAGUUGCCAGGUCCACACUUUACAUGCCAGUCAGUUGCCUAGUCUGCACUUUAGAAGCCAGUCAGUUGCCACGUCUGCACUUUAUAAGCCAGUCAGUUGCCAGGUCCACAUUUUACAUGCCAGUCAGUUGCCUAGUCUGCACUUUAGAAGCCAGUCAGUUGCCACGUCUGCACUUUAGAAGCCAGUCAGUUGCCACGUCUGCACUUUAUAA